AUGGAGAGCUGCUUUGGUUUUCAACAGAAGGAAGCAAGCUUUCUUUCUUUGGUUUGUGUGCAGGUUCUAGUCAACACUGCUUGCUGUGUUUUGAUGUUGAUGGCUAAGCUAAUCCAGUGCAUCGUGUUCGGCCCUCUUCGAGUGAGCGAGAGACAGCACCUCAAAGACAAGUUCUGGAACUUUAUUUUCUACAAGUUCAUUUUCAUUUUCGGCGUGCUGAAUGUCCAGACAGUGGGAGAGGUGGUCAUGUGGUGCCUCUGGUUUGCCGGACUUGUCUUUCUGCACCUGAUGGUUCAGCUCUGCAAGGACCGAUUUGAAUAUCUCUCUUUUUCUCCCACCACACCGAUGAGCAGCCAUGGCCGAGUGCUGUCUCUGUUGAUGGCGAUGCUGCUUUCCUGCUGUGGGCUAGCGGUCAUCUGCUGUGUCACAGGCUACAUCCACGGGAUGCACACGCUGGCUUUCAUGGCCGUGGAGUCUCUUCUUGUCACAGUGAGGACUGCUCAUGUGAUUUUGCGAUACGUGAUCCACCUUUGGGACCUCAAUCACGAAGGGACAUGGGAAGGGAAGGGGACGUAUGUCUAUUACACAGAUUUUGUCAUGGAGCUCACUCUCUUAUCUCUGGACCUCAUGCAUCACAUCCACAUGUUGUUAUUUGGCAACAUCUGGUUAUCCAUGGCCAGCUUGGUCAUCUUCAUGCAGCUGCGGUACCUGUUUCAUGAGGUCCAGCGCCGAAUCCGCCGGCACAAGAACUAUUUGCAUGUCGUUGGGAACAUGGAAGCCAGGUUUGCAGUUGCAACUCCAGAGGAGCUGGCUGUCAAUAACGACGACUGUGCCAUCUGCUGGGACUCCAUGCAGGCUGCACGGAAGCUGCCCUGUGGCCAUCUCUUCCACAACUCCUGUCUUCGCUCCUGGCUAGAACAGGACACCUCCUGCCCGACAUGCAGAAUGUCUCUGAACAUCGCCGACAACAAUCGCGUCAGGGAGGACCAUCCCGGAGAGAACCUGGAUGAGAACUUGGUUCCUGUGGCAGCCGCUGAGGGCAGACCUCGCUUAAACCAGCACAACCACUUCUUCCACUUCGAUGGGUCCCGGAUUGCAAGUUGGCUGCCGAGUUUUUCAGUGGAAGUGAUGCACACCACCAACAUUCUAGGCAUCACGCAGGCCAGCAACUCCCAGCUUAACGCAAUGGCUCAUCAGAUCCAGGAGAUGUUUCCCCAGGUCCCAUACCCGCUCGUGCUGCAGGACCUCCAGCUGACACGCUCAGUUGAAAUAACCACAGACAACAUUUUAGAAGGACGGAUUCAAGUACCUUUUCCCACACAGCGGUCAGAUGGCAUCAGACCUGCACUGAACAGUCCUGCGGACAGGCCCAACGGUGACCUGGACGAGGGAGAGACUGCGGCCCAGGCGAAGCGCGUGCCGCUGGCCCUCAGUCCUCGGCUGGAGGAGGCGCUGGACUUCAGCGAGGUGGAGGCGGAGCCCGGCGAGGGGGAGGACUUCGAGGCCCGGGGCAGCCGCUUCUCCAAGUCGGCCGACGAGAGGCAGCGCAUGCUGGUCCAGCGGAAGGACGACCUCCUGCAGCAGGCGCGCAAGCGGUUCUUGAACCGAAGUUCUGAAGAUGACUCGGCCUCAGAGAGCUGCCUGGCCUCGGAAGGCACGGCCUCCGACCCUGUGACCCUGCGUCGGAGGAUGCUGGCUGCGGCCGCAGAACGGAGACUUCAGAAGCAGCAGACCUCCUAGCGCUUCCUGGCCCUGCUCAGCCGCCUCCCCGAGCAGCGCGCCCACCGAAGAGGCCUGCCUGGCCGCCCGCGUCUGACGUGGGCCUGACUGCAUUGCCGCUGUACAAAGCAUGUGGUCUUCAUAGUGUUUGGACAGCUGACAAAUGUAAUCCUUUUGUAACCCUUUCUAUGUGACAUUUCUUCUCCCGUUAGAAACACUGCACAUGUUAACUCUAGGCAUGAUCUCUUCUGGCAUUGCCUGGACUUCUUGGGGGCGGGGAGGACCAGGAGGCAGUGGGCAGCCAGAGGCCCUGAGGCCAGCAGCUUCGAUGACUGCCUUACGCAUAAGUCACAGCCAGUGCUGGUGUCUCAGCCCCCGAUCUGGCAGGAAGAGGGGUGGGGGCAGGUUCAUGAAGAGGGGGAUGUACAGCGGGAGCCACAUCACUGGAGGGUCUGUCUCAUGCUGUUCUCAGAGGCGUUCAGAGUGGCACGGGGGCCGGAACCGGGCCCCUGGACCCAUGGGCUGGCAGGGCAUCUUGGGAAAACUCUUGGUUUGAUACCUGGAGCAGCCAGGGUAGCGUGUGAGCUGGUAACCCGUGUGUCCCAGUCCAUCCGGGACUUCCUUUCUGAGCCCCAAUCAAAGCUGGUUUUAUUUCCGUUUACGCCGGUGCUGCUGCAUUUCACGUGUUCACCCUGUGUGUCUGUCCUCUCCUCUGCGUGUCAUUGGCCCCCAGAUGUGUGUGGGGGGCGGGCAGCACUGAGGGGUGCGCAGCAAGCUUUGGUUUAUGGUUUGAAUUCCUUGGUCAAGUAAAUUAGUCAAUGCCAGCGGCUGUGGGUUUGUCCUUGGGGACAAUGUGGGCCCGACGAGAUGGAGAGGACAUUCUGGAGGGCUUUGCUGGAGAAAUGAAAGCUACCUUUCCCGUCUUUUCUGGAGCCCAUCAUUCUCAUCACUGUGUUCCUGUUGGUGUAAUUAAAUGCGGAAAGGUAAGAUGCGGCAUCCACCUGCUUGGAGCAGACGCAGGUCCUGGCCCUUUUCAAAUUCAUCCCACAUUUAACUUCAAGGAUUUGAAACAUGCAGUGAUAGGUUACAUAGUUCAGUUUUGUGUCCUAUCGGAUUAAGUUUCUUUUUUUAAUGUUUCAAAACAGUUAUGAUAGUCCUUUGGGGGAGAAUCCAGUAUUACCUAAAAUUAUCGACAAAGUUAAAUGUAUUUUAAACGGAAAGUUUCUAGAAUGUUGAAAAGUAAUUGAAAAAAGAGUGAUGAGUAAAUGUCUAGGCCAAGAUAAUUUAUUUCAAUAAACCUUUCAGAAGCCUUACCUUUGAAA